AUGGAAUUCGAAAAUGCUUUGAAUUCGACGUUAUCGAAGUUGAAUGAAAACAACAAUACAUUUCUUGACUUUUCAAAUGUGCAAGAAUGUAAUCCAGAUAUCGCCCAGUCUAUGUUAAAGAAUAUUAAAAACGACAUCGAACUUGAGAAUAUAUCGACUCAGAAAGGCAAAUUAGAUUUAAAUGAUUUUAAAGAUGUGUAUAAAGAAUUAUCACCAGAAGCUCUUUAUAACAUAGGUACUGUAUUAGACAACACCAUCGAGGAUUCUGACAAUGUCAUUUCUUUAGAAACAAAUAAAAGUGUGAACGGAAACAGAGCAUCACCACAUCAAAAGCAUUAUGUAGGUCACGAAGAUAAAAGUGAACGUGACAAUGAAAGCACAAUCGAUACCAAUAAUGUUUUAAUUGAUACAAGUGUCAAUAAUAAAAGUACAGAUCUUGGGUUUCCUGAAAAUGCGCCAUUUUUGGUUGCCAUAUUUGAAUCAGUGUCGAACGUUACCGCGCAAACAUGCGGCGGGACGCUGCUGUCGCCGUAUUGGGUACUUACAGCGGCCAGUUGUGUAAAUUUGCUGUCAUAUUUAUAUAGUAAAGAAAACAGGACAAAAUUAGACCAAAGUGUAUACACCAUCAUCGCUGGGGCUACCAACCCACUUAUAGACGGUUCUGCGCAUCACGUAACGGAAAUUCAGCUCCACCCAAAAAGUUCGAACCCAGCCACCGUACAGCACAAUAAUGAAAGUCAUUGGGAGAGCAAGAAUAAAUCUAACGACCGAAUAGAAACGCAUCCUAAUAUUCCUAGUUUAGCAUUAAUGAAAAUAGAACCGGCAGCUAAUGUUGAAACUUUGCAAAUAUCCAGGAAUCAUUCCAAAGAUAUUAAAGACGUGCAAGUGUAUGGAUGGAUGCUAGUGAAAAACGGUACGGGCAGCGACACUAUGAAAGCAACAUCUUUUUCGGCUGAAAUUUUGCAGUCGGACAACUGCAUUGGAAAUUACAGCUCUUUAGAUUACGAUUCAGUAAUCUGUUCGACCCCACAAAAUGACGGUGACACGAUAGCAAAUCAGGGUAUGUACGAGUAUAUACAUACAUAA